AUGAAUGCUAACGGCGUAAAAGAGGAGCUGCCGACGAUGCAGCCCGGCGAAGAUGACAACGCAGAUAUGACGGACGCAGAUGAUGUUGAUUCCGGUAUUGUGACGCUGGACAAGGUUUCGCUGCUGCAGGAGAGCGUAGACAAGAUGGCGCUUAGCAUGUUCAACGCGCUCCGACUGCUCCCAGCUUCGACUGGAGACGACGCCACGAAUCAGAUUGGGACGCUGGCCAACGACGUUCUGAAGAUGGUGCAGGAGACAGACGUGCUCAUUGACGAUCUCCCGGGACUUGACAAGACCGAAGCUGAGCAAAUGGAGACGAUGCGGCGACUGCAGAUGCAGAGUGAAGAGGAGGCCCAGACGCUUCGUCAAGUCGCCGAGGAAGCUGAGCGGUGGAUGGAUCGUGCGCGGGAUUCGCUGCGUGUCAUCUCGGAGACGCGUCUACGUCGCUGA